UGCCUACUAACAGUCGGCUUUAUAAAUACAUCAGCUGUUUCUGCCGAAUCAUCCGGAGGCAUGUCCUGCUUUGUCGUCUUCCUGCAUAGAAGGUUUUCGUAGAAGGUUUUCCAUCAUUCACUGAGGUUGCCUUGUUUGGACUUGUGAUCGUGCUUCACCGCCAUAAGCAAGACAGUGUGGUAAGUAAAUGUGGAUGUCGAGGUUGAAUCCUAUCCAAUCUGUCUUCUGCUAUGCUCAGACUAAUGCUACCCAUCUACAACCAGUCCCUUGUUUCCACUGAGCCGGUGGACUCAAAUGAACCUCUGCUGCGUGUCCCUCUCGAGGACAUUGCCUUCACACAGGAAGCAGACAAUGUCUGGGUUUGCGCUCAUAGACUCAGCCUGCCAAUUGUUGACCACAGGUUGGGUUUGUGGCUCGAAGAUAUUCCUUUAACAUUCAGCGCCAUGGGGCAAAUUAAUAUCCGCAAGGGCUGUUUCGUCAUCCCUUGUGGAGACGGCCGCUUUAGUAAUCUGGACGGUGACAAAGUUCGAAGAACUGCUUCAUUUUGGUUGGAGGAGAGGCAAGAUACACCGAGAACACAUUGGCCUGAUGUCGAGGCCGUGAUCUGUUCAGUUAUUCGAAGGGCAGAAUCCCCCCGCGAUAUCUCUCAGCUUCUCAAGGUAGAUCAAGAAACAGGUGCAAUGAGUCUCCAGCUGAAAUGGCGGCCGGGUGACAUUGUCACUGAAAAUAUUCCUACUGUUCUGCCAUUCUUCGAUGUCAAUGGCAACAGUGCUGUGCCCAUUAGUUCUGCUGAUGUUCCCAUUGGUCAAAAGAUCCGUGUUCAAUUUACGCUUCACUGUAAGCGGUCUCCUACAGACUGUUCAGGUUCAGAUUUGUCCAAUGGUAGUUUGUUGAGAAAGGUCCUUGGAUACUGACUCAAAUGGCCUCUCUUUAUUGUAAUCCCUGUAGUACCAUUGCUAGGUGCACUUGUUAGCUAUCAAAUGUAUUAAGCGAGG